GGUAUUUGACAGGACCGAGGGCGGACGCAAAGGACGCGGAGGACCUCUGGGUGCCUGCAGGGGAGCUGCUCCAGCAGGGCCUCCGGGAGCUGUGGGGAGAGCAUCGCGGAGCCGCCCCUCCACGCGCCUGCCGGGCCGCGAUCGCCCUCGGGGCUCUCCUGGUAGCAGUGCCAGGGCGCAGGGCGCGGCUGAUCUCCCGCCCCCGCCACCUCCGCCACCAUGCUGCUCCCCCAGCUCUGCUGGCUGCUGCUGCUCGCGGUGCUGCUCCAGCCGGUGCCCGCGCAGAAGUUCUCGGCGCUCACGUUUUUGAGAGUCGAUCAAGAUAAAGACAAGGAUUGUAGCUUGGACUGUGCGGGUUCGCCUCAGAAACCUCUCUGCGCAUCUGACGGAAGGACCUUCCUUUCCCGCUGUGAAUUUCAACGUGCCAAGUGCAAAGACCCCCAGCUAGAGAUUGCGUAUCGAGGAAACUGCAAAGACGUGUCCAGGUGUGUGGCCGAAAGGAAGUAUACCCAGGAGCAAGCCCGGAAGGAGUUUCAGCAAGUGUUCAUUCCUGAGUGCAAUGACGACGGCACCUACAGUCAGGUCCAGUGUCACAGCUACACGGGAUACUGCUGGUGCGUCACGCCCAACGGGAGGCCCAUCAGCGGCACCGCCGUGGCCCACAAGACGCCCCGGUGCCCGGGUUCCAUAAAUGAAAAGUUACCGCAACGCGAAGGCACAGGAAAAACAGUCUCCUUGCAAAUCUUUUCCGUUCUGAAUUCAGAUGAUGCCGUGGCUCCGGCGUUGGAGACUCAGCCUCAAGGAGAUGAAGAAGAUAUUGCAUCACGUUACCCUACCCUUUGGACUGAACAGGUUAAAAGUCGGCAGAACAAAACCAAUAAGAAUUCAGUGUCAUCCUGUGACCAAGAGCACCAGUCUGCCCUGGAGGAAGCCAAGCAGCCCAAGAACGACAACGUGGUGAUCCCUGAGUGUGCGCACGGCGGCCUCUACAAGCCAGUGCAGUGCCACCCCUCCACGGGGUACUGCUGGUGCGUCCUGGUGGACACCGGGCGCCCCAUUCCCGGCACAUCCACAAGGUAUGAGCAGCCGAAAUGUGACAACACGGCCAGGGCCCACCCAGCCAAAGCCCGGGACCUGUACAAGGGCCGCCAGCUACAAGGUUGCCCGGGUGCCAAAAAGCAUGAGUUUCUGACCAGUAUUCUGGACGCGCUGUCCACGGACAUGGUUCACGCUGUCUCUGACCCCUCCUCCUCGUCAGGCAGGCUCUCGGAACCCGACCCCAGCCACACCCUAGAGGAGCGAGUGGUGCACUGGUACUUCAAACUACUCGAUAAAAACUCCAGUGGAGACAUCGGCAAAAAGGAAAUCAAACCCUUCAAGAGGUUCCUUCGCAAAAAAUCAAAGCCCAAAAAAUGUGUGAAGAAGUUUGUUGAAUACUGUGAUGUGAAUAAUGACAAAUCCAUCUCGGUACAAGAACUGAUGGGCUGCCUGGGCGUGGCUAAAGAGGACGGCAAAGCAGACACCAAGAAGCGCCACACCCCCAGAGGUAAUGCUGAAAGUACGUCUAAUAGACAGCCAAGGAAACAAGGAUAAAUGGCUCACACAGCGAAGGCAGUUCCUAGACACGUGGGAAAUUCCCUCACCAACGAGCAAUUAAGAAAACAAAAACAGAAACACAUAGUAUUUGCACUUUGUACUUUAAAUGUAAAUUCACUUUGUAGAAAUGAGAUAUUUAAACAGACUGUUUUAAUCUGUGAAAAUGGAGAGCUGGCUUCAGAAAAUUAAUCACAUACAAUGUAUGUGUCCUCCUUUGACCUUGGAAAUCUGUAUGUGGUGGAGAUGUAUUUGAAUGCAUUUAGGCUUAAUUUCUUCGCCUUCCACAUGUUAACAGUAGAGCUCUAGGCACUCUGGUUGCAAUCCUAUGGCUUUCCCCAACCCCUGCAGUCACUUCCAGACGGCUGUGCUUACAGCAUUGUGGAAUCAUGUUGGAAGCUCCACAUUUCCAUGGAAGGUUGUGAUGUACGGUUGACCCUUCAGGCAGUUAACAUGCAGGGGGUGGUUUGUUUCUUGGGAUUUUCUGUUAGUUUAUCUUGUUUUGCUUUCCAGAGAUCUUGCUCGUACAAUGAAUCACGCAACCACUAAAGCUAUCCAGUUAAGUACAGGUAGUUCCCCUGGAGGAAAUACUAUUUCCAAACUGUCUUUGGUGUGAUACUUUGGCUCAAAGGAUGUUUGCUUUUCCAUUUGAAGCUUCUGUUUGAGUUUUGCCCUGGGGCUCGAGCGAGUCCUGGAGAGUCGUCCUGAUGGUGGGAGGCUCCCUAGGAGGGGCCCAUCCUUCCAAAAUGUAAGGCCAGUCACGGUGUGACCGAGCUGGCUAACAGGCUUGUCUGCUUGGUUUUUCUCCUACACGAUCCUCCUACCUGGUCCACCCCAGGGCUACCGGAAGGUAAAGUCUUCACCUGAACCAAUUAUGAGCAGUCUCCUUACUGAAGGCACAGCCGGAUCCAUGGUGCCCCCUGGGCUGGUGUUGGCAGCCGGGGAGAAGUGCCUGCGGGUCCCCACGGUUCCUUUCUGCUUUUCUGAAUGCAUCAAGGGUACAAGAACUUGCCAAUGGGAAAUUCAUCUGAGUGGCACUGGCAGAGAAGGAUAGGAGUGGAAUGCCCACACGGUGACCAACGGAACUGGCCUGCGUGCACAGCCAGCUGCCCCGCUCAGGCCUGGGCCCGGAGCUCAGGGCGCCCUCUGUCUGUAGGAACCGUUUGGAGGACAGUCUGAGAGCGGAAACUUCAAUGUGAUUCUAUCUCGGCUCAGACUGUUGGUUGGAGAAACAUCUUCGUGGCCCCAAAUCCCCUGAGACGUGCCUUGUAGAAUGACGUUUGUGAGGUUGGGAUGCUUGUGGAGCAUCGCAUAAGGCUUCUUCCUUAUUUAAACUGUGCAAGGUAAAAAUCAAGCCUUUGGAGCCACAGAACCAGCUCAAGUACAUGCCAAUGUUGUUUAAGAAACAGUUAUGAUCCUAAACUUUUUGGAUAAUCUUUUGUAUUUCUGACCUUUGAAUUUAAUCAUUUUUCUUAGAUUAAAAUAAAGUAUGCUAUUAAAACUA